UGUUGAUGAAUUAUUUUGUAUGCCUUAGAAAUGUUAAUUUCUGCCUAUUCUUAACUAUUGUUUGGAAUAUAUUAAUAGGUAAAACAACAGAACUUCAUCAGCCUAGUGAAUGACAGUCUUCAGAGAAGAAAAUAUGGCUACAUCUGGAAAGAGAGCUUACAGAUCUACUAUGACUGCAAAGUUAAAAAAAAAUUUGAAGCAGAGGAGAGUAGUGAAGACAUAUGACAACCAUGUGGUGAUCCUUCUCUGCGUUAUGAAUACAACAGCCCAGAUAGUCCUAAGUUGACUCAACAAUGGAUGACAAGGAAAAUACAAGAACACCUUUUAAGACGAAGUCCACUACUGAGAACUUUGAUUGGAAAUCAUGGUGCUUCAUUUGUGGCGAAAAGUGCAGCCGUCAUAGGGACAAUACAUCAAGAGGUUUUAGCAGAAGUUGGUCGCUAGUUGAAACUUCUAUAUCUUCAGACUCUAACUCUAUAUAUCGCAAAGUGUUAAAUAUUGCUACUGCAAUAAAUGAUGUAGCCAUUAUUGACAGAUUGGCAAGUGUUCCAAAUGGUGAUCUUGUAGCCAUCGAGGCUCGAUAUCAUAGAAAAAAAGGUUGUUUGACUAAAUAUUACCAGUGUAAUACCUAUGCAUUUACCGGGCUGACACCUAAUAAAGCCACUACUAAAAAUCAAACAAUUUCAUACACAAUCAUAGCUGCGAAAGUUAAAAAUGAAUUUGAGCAUUCUAUUGUUGUUGAUAAAAAGGUUUUCUUCUUUCCUACAUUAAAAAAACGUUUUGUUGAAAUUGCUGAAUCAGAAGGAUGUUCAAAUGAUGCAAACUCUUAUAAAAGUUCCGAUUUGAAAAUGUUGUUAGAAAAAGUAUGGCCAGAGGUAUCCUUUAUUCAUCAGCAUGGAAAGCCUGACUUAGUUUGUUCUUCUAGUCUGACUAUAAAUGAUGCUGUUAGAAAGUCAAAGGAGCUAGAACAGGUCAUUCAAGAUGACAAUGAUUGUUCAUACGAUGAACUACCAGAGUCAGAGGAUGACACAGAUGAAACUGUAGUUCAUAAGGCUAUGGGUAUUUUGAGAAGACGAAUUAUAGAGAAUAAUCCUAAAUUGCAUGACUUCUUUUACGCUCCAGAAGAAAUGAAACUGUCAAAUCAGAAGCAGUUUGUGGAGCCUCUUUACAAGACAGUGUGUUGGUUAUAUGACAAAAAAUGCUACAAGGAAGCAUCUGAGAUGACCAAUACAAGAUGUCUAGCUGUUGCUUGUGACCUUACUACACUUGUCACGUCAAACCCAUCCCCUAAACACCUGGGCUUAGGGAUACACCUCUACAACGAGUUUGGCAGCCGCCAUUUGAUUGAAGAUAUGUACUCUCUUGGUUAUUCCAUCUCAUAUCCAGAUCUUCGGUUAUUCUUGACAUCAGCAGCCCAACAGAACAUUGCAUCACAUAAGGUAACAGACUCUGGUGGUAUUGUCCCAGACAAUAUACUACCUAGAGACCAAGGGGGGAAUCUGGUAGUGGCAGUUGCUGAUAACUGGGAUCUAAUGAGCGAACAGUUGAUGGUAAAAGCACGACUCAUGCGAUGACAAGCAUUUUGGUCAGCAGUGCGCCAGCCGAGUCAACGAGGAUUACACGUCUUCCGAAAUCAACAAGUAGGACGUUUGACAGUCAGUCACUUCCUGGUGGUGGCCUUUGUUGGAUUGUUCCAUACAGUAAACCUGCACAAAGACCACGACCAGUCUUUGAGCGCCCUGUAAAGCUGGAAGACAUAGAACCUACAGAGUCCAACAUUGUAAGACUUGCCAGACUGAGAGAGCUGCUAUAUUCUGUCGGGCGCAGUUCCAUUUUAUGUGACGAUAUAUCUGAUGAUCAGCAAAAUAUUCCAAACUGGAGUGUGUUUUCAUCACAAUUGAUCAGGAAAGAAAACAAAACAGAAGCCUCUACUAUAGCAUACAAUCCAAUCAUCAUGUCAAAACCCACAGACUACAGCACAAUAUAUACAACACUGCUUCGGGCCAAAGAAGUUGCCACCAGCCUAGGCCAGUCACAUAUACCUGUGGUGUUCGAUAUGGGACUAUUGACAAAAGCAUUGGAAAUAGAUUGGAGCCAGGAUAAGAAGCUACAAGGGGUGAUCCCAGUGGAAGGCGGCAUGCAUCUACUUAUGUCUGUUUUCGCAGGAAUCGGACAUCUGUAUGGAGACGCAGGUCUUAAGCAGCUGCUUAUUGAUUCAGGUACAUAUGCCCCAGCCACAGUAAAUAAUAUUCUGUUGGGUAAGGACUUUGAUAGAGCACUUACAGCAUUCAAGUUGGUUGACGAAGCUUUGUACAACCGGUUACUUAUCAACUUUGACGCCUGGUGUGCAAAGAACAACAAGAAUAUGGCCAGCGAAGUAAGAAUGAUGCUAUCAGACUUCCGAAGCAUGCCUACUGACACCUAUGCAGAGUCAUUGGACAGAUUUGUUGACACCCUGUCAAACUACCUGACGCCGUAUUUAGAAGAGUUCAGGGAAGAGGGUCGCAAUUUAUCAUCUACAUUUUCGCUUUGGGAUGACUAUCUUGCAAAAGUUUCAACCCCACUAAAGUUACUGAUCGCGUCAACUAGGUCUCCAAACUGGACAGUAUACCAACAUGCCAAAUUGCAGCUGAUGCCUCUAUUGUUUGCAUCAAACAGAACAACCUAUGCGAGGUACAUGACGGUCCAAUGGCUUCAAAUGAACAUGCUUCCCCAAGAUGUAAAAGAAGGAUUUCUUGAAGGUUUUUACACUGCAAAGUUGUCUUCUGGUACAUUCAAUAAUGUUUGGCUGGAGUAUGCACUUGAAGCAACCCAGAACAAAGAUCUCAAGGGAUCAGGUGGGAAAGUAGGACUCACCCUGCGGGAGAAUGCCCUUGCACGUUGGUUUCUUGCACGACCAAUAUCAUCAAGAUACUCUGCAGUAUUCCAUGACAGCAUACACGCUACCAGCAAGCCAGAUGAUAAAAAACAUAACAAUGACAGUAACAGCAAACGAAAUCAGUAUGACAAAGCUGUCAUGUCAAUGACAAACAUCUUUGAUGGUAAUUUCAUAGACCCAUUUGAUGUUACUAAAACCCCUGAGCAAUUGAUCAACUUUGCCACAGGAGCACAUGCCAAUGAAGAUGUAGAGCUAUCUAUGAAGAACUGUUUGACCAAAGGCUGUGAAUUAUUUGAAUCAUUUGUUACCGAAGGACUUGUAGAGAAGAGCGAUGGGACAGAAGCACCUGAAAAGGACUUUUACAGCCCUAUGCCAAGAAGCAAGAUAAAAUCCAUGUCUGAUAUGAAUUCAAAACCAUCACAUAAGAAGCAAAAGGCUAAACUUAUAAAUGGUACAGUAAUGUUUCAGUGUUUGUUGGCAAUCAACACAUACAAAAAGGUUCCUUCUGAGCGCGUCUUUGCUUUUGAAAAUACAGCAGUUCCCAUGAGCAUGUUUACGGAUGAUGGAAAGAUGAUCAAAACCAGAAAAUCUGACUUCAUGAAAAAACUAGAAGAACUGCUACCUGAAUCACAAACGAUGACAAGCGAUCCUUUGGUGGUGAUAUUUGACGGUAUGGCGCUUGUUCAGAUAUUACCAGCACCAUCUGAACUGGCAAACUUCAAAAGCAUGGCAUCUGCAUUUCAUUCAUAUGCAUUGAGAAAGGCUCGUGAAUCGUCUUCACAUGUUUAAGCCAUCCACAUAGUAUUUGAUAAAUACAGCGAAGGCAGCAUAAAAUCUCAAACAAGACAAGAAAGGGGUGACCUGAAUAACAACAAAACAGGCAAUAUUCAUGUUCAAGGAGAACUUUACAUCCCAAACGACUGGAAGAUGUUCCUGCGCAGUGGAUCAAACAAAGAACGCAUUAUUGAAUACUACACAAGCUACAUUACAGAACAUGCAUGUGAUGAGCUGAAUUCUCACGAAACCUUGUUCGUCAAUGGCGGAAAACACCUUCACUGUUUUCAAAUAUCACCAGAUUCUAGCACUCAAAUUUCAGCACUUAAUACCAACCAGGAAGAGGCUUAUACAAUGAUGAUCCUGCACUCCAAAUAUGAGGCAGACAGAGGAGCCACAUCUCUUGUCAUUCAUUCACCUGACACUGACGUUCUGGUCUUAUUGCUGCACCAUUACCAGAACAUAGGCGCUCCAUAUGUAUUCAUGUCAACAGGUAAAGUUACGACUCAUACUGAUUGCAGAAGGCUUCUACAGUCUAGACAAUUUUCCAGAAAUUGACAACUGAGCAACUUAAAAUUCUGCUUACCGUUUAUUGUUUGACGGGUUGUGACACAACGAGCGGAUUUUAUGGAAAGGGCAAACGCAAAGCAUUCAAUAUGAUGAUGGACAACUCUCACAAGUAUCAACAUCUGAAUGAUUUGGGUCUGGAGCUGAUGUUAACUGAACCUCAAAAAUUAGCCUGUAACAAAUUUGUUACUGAUAUGUAUGGUGGAAACAGUCGACAAACUCUACAUCAGUUAAGAUGCCUCAAAGCCAAAGGUUCUGUUCAACCUAGAAAUUUACCACCUACUGAAAAUAGUCUAUCACUACAUCUCCUGAGGUGUGUAGUACAGCUGUGGAUAUGGCGUCAUGCUACGACACCACAGCAUCAGAUUCCAUCAUUGUUUGUGUUUGGAUAUGAAUAUGACACACAUGGGCUUGGAAUAAGACCAAAAAUGAUGAGCCAACCGGCAGCAGCUCCAGAGUUGCUCAAUGAUUUGGUUUGUAAUUGUAACAUUUGCAUUGAAACAUGUGCAUGUUUCAGAAACAAGCAGCCAUGUACAGUGGCUUGUAAUUGUGAAGGAGACAUUGAAACAGAAGAUACAAUGUGCACAAAUAUAUACACCCUGUCAUCCAUUUUUGGUCAAGAAUUGGAAUCGUCAGAUAGUGACCAAUCAUGAACUCUAGCACAAUAAUUUUAAAGGGUUUUAAUAACAAAGUUGUUACCAUUAAUGACAUUGGUUUAACUCUGUUCUAUUGUGAAUUAUAAUAAUACAUUUUUUUAAGUUAAAUUCUGAGUUAUUUUCAACUUAGUUUAACUAUGAUUGUAUAUGUCAUGCUUCAAAUACAUGAUUAUGAAUCGGAAUUUAGUAAGAUCAUAUUUCCUUUUUUGUAACUCUUUAAACAGAUGGUGCAUUUGUAAUAACAACUGUUAAACGAUUACAUAGUGACUAGUUACUUUAUGCACAUGAUAUGGAAUAUGAUACAGGAGUUGUUUUUUAAUGUUUGUUACUUGAAAACAUCAUUUGUAAUUUGCAUCAUUUGUAUUAGUAAAUUCAAUGUAAAACCAACAUUUGUAAAUAACAUUUAUGAGUGUGUAUCAAGCACUCAUACCUGGUGCAUUGAUUGUUGAAUAAAUAUGAUGUACAGAUGGUUCAUUUGUAAUAACAACUGUUAAAAGAUUACAUAGUGACUAGUUACUUUAUGCACAUGAUAUGGAAUAUGAUACAGGAGUUGUUUUUUAAUGUUUGUUACUUGAAAACCUAAUUUGUAAUUUGCAUCAUUUGUUUUAGUAAAUUCAAUGUAAAACCAGCAUUUGUAAAUAACAUUUAUGAGUCUGUAUCAAGCACUCAUACCUGGUGCAUUGAUUGUUGAAUAAAUAUGAUACAUGGAACACUG